AUGCCCACUCUCCUCGAUAUAACAUUCAAUAUUCUUAGAUGGCCCAAAGUGAAUAAUUCAUCUGAAACAUCUAUCAAUUUCGAUUAUGACAAGACAUACCCAAUACAGGCUGAGCUAUCCACCUUUACCCCUGUAACAUCUGAAAAUCUUGGGAAAUUAAUUGAUAAAAUGUCAAGUAAAUCGUGUCAACUGGAUCCUAUACCAGCUUCUGUUUUCAAAAAGUGUGGCCAUCUAUUACUUCCUGUGAUAACAGACAUUGUUAAUCUUUCUCUGCAUCAUGCAUUGGUCCCACCCAGUUUGAAAAUGGCACUUCUGCUACCAUCUAUGAAGAAACCGUCUCUGGAUCAUGAAGAGUUCUCAAGCUUUCAACCAAUUUCCAAUUUGAAAUUUUUGUCAAAGGCUGUUGAAAAAGUUGUUGCGUUCCAAGUUGAUACUUAUAUUAGGGAUAAUAACUUGUAUGAAGUGUAUCAAUCAGCCUAUAAAAACUAUUCAGUUAAAGUUCAAAAUGAUAUUCAGUUAAAGUUCAAAAUGAUAUUCUCCUGGCAUUAG